UGAUAAGUUUAAAAACAUUGACUUGUUUACCCUAUCUGAUCCGGGAAGUCUACACAAUGCACGUUUUUGUUCUAUUGAAGACUGUCGACAUCAAAGUUGCCGAUAUAAUUUUAAGUCCGCAAUGAUAAAGAUGAUUGUGAACUAAAUAUGAAAUAACUUAUGUAAUAUGACCUUCAAUUUAUUGAAGAUGUAAGAAAUAUUCCCGUGACAGUUUUGAUAAGAAGCUUUAAAUAGUUGGUGGCUCGUGUCCAACCUUGGCCUUCUUAAUUGAUUCACUCUGAUGAAAGGUUUAUGAAUAAACGAUUAAAUAUACAGUAGAGAGUAAAAGAUAGAAUCUGUAUAAGCGUCACUAAAAUUUUAGGCAGAUUGGAAUUUUGUUUAGUGUUCACCGAUUGAUUUUCUCCUCUUUGAUCGAAAAUGGCAGGUUAUAAACCUGUAAAAAUUGCUUACAAAGCUUUCGAACCAGCUGGAGGAAGUAAUGAUGCAUUAGCACCAGUCAUAUUUUUACACGGUGUUAUUUGUUCGAAAGAGAUGUGGGAUGAUAUACCACAAACCAUCGCAAACAAAACAAAAAGAAAAGCCUACGUAUACGAUGCAAGGAACCACGGAGAAAGCGAAUCAUCUGAACACUACAAUUAUGACUUAAACGUUGAAGACCUAUUUCAUUUCAUGAAUGGACUGGACAUUAAAAAAGCAGUUUUAGUUGGCCAUAGUAUGGGAGGCCUCACAGCCACAGAUUCUGCGCUUAAAAAGCCCGAUAGAGUUGAAAUGGUAUUUUCAGAGGACAUGUUUAUAAAGAAAAUUCCUGCUCAAAUUGUUGACGAUGCUGUCAAAUACAUAACAGUUUGGACUGAAGUUGUACGCAAUCUUCCAAAAGAUUUAAAAGAAAGCGAUGCUUAUAACCAAGCUGUAGAUAUUCUUUAUGAGAAAAAUCCAGGGACCGAGAUGUUUUCACCAAAAGAGGUUUUAAAGAAAUCUAAACUUCUCUUGAAAAGAAAAUCAGAUGGAGGAUAUGACAUAAAUUUCGUGAAAGAUCCAAUGCUUAAAUCAUUUAGAGAUCCAGAAACUUUGAGAACCAAUCCCAGUGGAGAGUUUAAUGGCCCUGCUUAUUUCCUGUAUGGUGGAAAUUCACCAUUUGCUGUGGGAAACGAGGAGUCUCACAUAAAGAAACAUUUCCCGAAAGCUGAAUUAAUUGAAUUCGAAGGGGCAUCGCACAGUAUUCAUGGAGAAUUUCCUGAAAAAUUUGUGCAAACGAUUGUGAGCCGAUUGCAGUAACAGUUAAAAUUCCAUUUCUCAUUACAUACUUGUAGCUAUUGAAAAGUAAUUUAUGUUAAAUGAAAAUUAAUUUUAUUUUUUAUUGAAAUGUAAACCUGUUUGAAUUCGAAAGAUUUAAUGAGUUCGAAAUCACUUCAACUAGUACAAAAUAAAAAUUUGCAGCUAGAACAACAAUAGAA